ACUGCUGCGCACCCCUGUUUUACAGCCAUGGCAUCUGAGAGCCACUCUCACGAUCACGGCCAUGGCCACGACGACGACUACGGUCAUGGCCACAGCCAUACUCACGGAGGUGGACACGGAAAAGAAGAACAUCCAGCAGAUUCGCAGAACCCGACCUUCGCAGAACACGGCCACACUCACGAACACAUGGACCACCCGGGCUUCUUCGCUGACCGUGAGCCCCCCCAGCCCGACCGCGCUCUCGCAGAGCGUUCUUAUACCGUGGGCAUCGGCGGACCGGUGGGAAGCGGGAAGACUGCGCUGAUGCUGGAGCUGUGCAAGCUGCUUCGCGACGAGUUGAGCAUAGGGGCGGUGACAAACGACAUCUUCACUCGCGAGGACGCCGAGUUCCUGACGAAAAACUCCGCCCUUGAGGAGGGGAGGAUUCUCGCUAUCGAGACUGGAGGGUGCCCCCACGCGGCCAUCCGAGAAGACAUCAGCGCCAACCUCGGGGCAUGCGAAACGCUGACCGCCAGGCAUGAGACCGACAUCAUCCUCGUCGAGUCGGGGGGGGACAACCUCGCCGCGAACUACAGCCGGGAGCUGGCGGACUAUAUUAUCUACGUUAUCGACGUCGCCGGGGGGGACAAGGUGCCCAGAAAGGGCGGGCCGGGCAUCACCCAGUCCGACCUGCUUGUCAUCAACAAGACCGACCUAGCCGAGGCCGUAGGCGCGGAUUUGGAGGUCAUGCGGCGCGAGGCGAAGGUGAUGCGAGGGGAAGGAGACACUAUCUUCGCGCAGGUCAAGAAGGGCGUCGGGGUGGGGGAGAUCAAGGCACUCAUCCUCAAGCACUACGAGGCCGCCAAGGAUUCAGCGGCCAGCACGUAGCCGCGCUCGCCCUUGUGCGUGAUUAGUGCAGGGAGAGCGCGCACGCGCGCCCGAGGGGUGGACUGGGUAAGAGUCGUAUCUAGGAAUAUACGUGACUUCGAGUGUACCAGUGGUAUUAUAUUCGCUCUUUCUGUUUUAGGCGUUACACUAGUGAGAAGUGUGGUGUGCAACAUUUGUGGAGUGGGCGGGAAUGGUCUUUCAAGAUAUGGGCUUGGUUUGGAAGAGGUUUCUGAUCGGUCGGUCCGAGGCCAUGUAUGAACAUAGGGCGAGGGAUGUAAUCUACAGGGGGGGGCUGCGUCGGAACCACAGCAACUUUAGGGCCCAAAUCGUCUGCCCCGCGUCUCGGACAAUCGUGGAUAUUCUCGUUUGGGCAAACAGGCGGCCCAAGUGCAAGAACUACAGAUGCCCGCCGAAGAACACAGGGAUUCUCCUGGGGGAUCGCUUCGUACCAGCGAAACAUCACCGCGUCGAUGUUUAUGUCUUUCGAGCAAGACGUUCGAGUACACCGGGGUGCUUUCCGCAAACGCGCGGGCCCUACACAUUGUAUGCCCAUGUGGACGGCUCACCAUAACCGCACUGCCCUAGAGACGACCAAUCACAGGAUGCAGCCAUCU